GGGAGAUGUUAAUCUCUGUGGCUUUGGGCCAGGUGUUAUCCCUCCUUAUUUGUGGAAUUGGCUUGACCAGCAAGUACCUGUCAGAAGAUUUUCAUGCCAAUACACCAGUCUUCCAGAGUUUCCUCAACUACAUCCUUCUCUUCUUGGUCUAUACCACUACCCUAGCUGUCAGACAAGGAGAAGAAAAUCUCUUGGCAAUUUUACGACGAAGAUGGUGGAAAUAUAUGAUCCUGGGACUCGUAGACUUGGAAGCCAAUUACCUGGUGGUUAAGGCUUACCAAUACACAACUCUGACCAGUAUCCAGCUCCUGGAUUGUUUUGUGAUUCCAGUGGUGAUUUUGCUCUCCUGGUUCUUCCUGCUGAUCCGGUACAAGGCUGUGCAUUUCAUCGGCAUCGUUGUCUGCAUCCUGGGAAUGGGAUGCAUGGUAGGAGCAGAUGUGCUGGUGGGAAGGCAUCAGGGAGCAGGAGAAAAUAAGCUGGUAGGAGACCUUCUGGUUCUGGGAGGAGCCACACUGUAUGGCAUCUCUAACGUCUGGGAAGAAUACAUCAUCCGGACCCUGAGCCGAGUGGAGUUCCUAGGAAUGAUUGGUCUCUUUGGUGCAUUUUUCAGUGGAAUUCAAUUGGCCAUUAUGGAGCACAAGGAGCUGUUAAAGGUGCCCUGGGACUGGCAAAUAGGACUGCUCUACGUUGGCUUUAGUGCCUGCAUGUUUGGUCUCUACAGCUUUAUGCCCAUCGUCAUAAAGAAAACCAGCGCCACCUCCGUCAAUCUCUCUCUGCUCACAGCAGACCUGUACAGCCUGUUCUGUGGACUGUUUCUCUUCCACUACAAGUUUUCAGGACUUUAUCUCCUGUCUUUCUUCACCAUCCUUAUCGGGCUGGUGCUCUACUCCUCCACCUCCACGUACAUAGCCCAGGACCCCAGAGUGUACAAGCAGUUCCGCAAUCCUUCAGGACCUGUUGUGGACUUACCAACCACAGCUCAGGUGGAGCCUUCAGUCACCUACACCAGCCUGGGCCAGGAGACCGAAGAGGAACCCCAUGUACGUGUGGCCUAGGAUGAAUCCUGCCCUGCCCACUGAGGAUAACUCAGGGGCCCUAUGUUUGCCCAUCAUCUCUGUAUUGUACAUAGAGAAAGGUAUUUACUAGGUGCAGUUUACAUAGGUGGACUGCAAGGUAGCAGAUGCUCUGAAAGUUCGUAAAAGGAACAAAGUAAAGCUCACUGGAGACACAGGCUGCGAUCCACCUGAGCAGGAGGGAUGCCUAGCUGGUGAGCACGAACCCCUACUCCGUAUCAGUUACUGUGAACAUUUUUGAAUCAAAAGCAAGUAUUCCUGUUAUUAUGAUUUAUAUUAUUAUUGUUACUGUUCUUAAACUUUCAGGAGGAGGUUUUGUACUCCUGGUAGGAACUAUUGCCAGAUCCACACAUAGUCAGCAUCAAUCCCACUUUUUUUUAUGGCAAAUCACUUUUUAAGAAUCACAGGGGUUUUUGGUUUGUUUUUGUUUUUGUUUUUUGGGGGGUGCAGACUAUGUGAGUGAUGCAUGCCACAGGAGCUCCACCCCUGAGACGUGUCCUCGUCCUAGGGACCCGGUGUGUAAUGGUUUCCUCUGUUAGAUGUGUGACUGCCUGCUCA